UUCACUUCGCUCCGAUCGGUUGAAAAUUGCCCUUCGAAAUUCAAAUUCCCAUUUCCCAUUUUUGGGCAACAAACCGAGUGUGUAAAAUCACUCGCAGUGAAUAUUUAUUGGGUGUAUAUAAUUAAACCGCAGGGCUUGCCGAGCUGACCCCCAGUCCCCGGUCCCCAAUCCCCGACCCCUUUUAGCUGGACAUGGUUUACCCGGGCGACACGUCAGACGCCAACAACGAGGAGCUGGCGCUGGAGAACAGUGUUGCACAUGCCAAUUCCAAUGGCACAACAGCCACUCCGAGCGGCAACGGCGACAACAACGACAACAACAAACUCAAUCAGCGGCAAUACGAGCCGCGCGAGCGCUUCAUUAUCACCAAAAACGUGGUGGUGAUAGGCCUGGCCUUCAUGAUUCACUUCACGGCCUUCCACGGCACCUCGAAUCUGCAGAGCUCGGUGAACGCGGACAAAGCCCUCGGCACCACCACGCUGGCCGUCAUCUACGGCUCGCUGAUACUGUCCAACAUAUUCCUGCCGAUGACCGUGAUAAGUUGGUUCGGCUGUCGGUUGACCAUGGCUCUGGCCCUCUUCGCCUACAUGCCCUACAUCGCCGCGCAGUUCUACCCGCGGUUCGAGACCCUCAUCCCCGCGGCUCUGAUGGUCGGAUUUGGCGGAGGGCCGCUGUGGUGCUCCAAGUGCACCUACCUCUCCACCGUGUCGGAGGCACUCACCCAGGUGCGGGGCAACAAGUCGCGGAAGGACGUCAACACGGUCAAGUUCUUCGGGCUCUUCUUCAUCUUCUACCAGAUGGCCCAGGUGUGGGGCAACCUGAUCUCCUCCUCCGUGCUGACCCUCAGUGCUCCAGCCUCGCAAUCUCCGGCGAACGACAGCCUCCAGCUGGAAAGGGAGUUGGAACUGGAGAGAAGCCGCGUUGCCGAGCUGUGCGGCUCUCGCUUUUGUCCAGGGGUUGGAGCCGAGGCCAAUCCCAACCUGGUGCCCCCCGCCCCCGAGCAAAUCCAGUUGCUCAACUCCAUCUUCCUCACCUGCAUGGCGGCGGCGGUCAUCAUGAUGAUCUUCGGCGUCAGCUCCCUCAAGCGCUAUGGAGUGAAGCGCGGCGAUACUGGCGAUGGAAUGUCCGGGUUAAAACUGCUCACUGUGACCAUAAACCUGUUGCGCAAGCGCCGCCAGAUUCUGAUGCUGCCCAUAACGAUGUUCAUUGGCUUGGAGGAGGCCUUCCUGGCCGUGGACUUCACUCGAUCGUUCGUGGCCUGCGGAUGGGGCAUCUCCAGGAUCGGGUUCGCCAUGAUCUGCUUUGGAGUUGCGAACGCAGUGGCCGCUGGAAUCGCAGGAGCGCUGGUGGAGCGCUUCGGGAGAGUCACCCUGGCCGGAAUUUGUGCGGUGGUGAACCUCUGCCUGCUCAGCUACAUGUACACCUGGGAAGCGAGGGAAGGGGAUUACUUGAGCUACUGCACUUUUGCCGCAAUUUGGGGAAUCUGCGAUGGAGUUUGGCUGGUCGUCGUUAAUGCAUUUUAUGGCAUUCUGUUUCCGAACCAUCUGAUUGCCGCUUAUAGCAACUUUCGGCUGUGGGAAAGCACUGGUUCGGUUAUCGGAUACGUCAUAAGCUCGCAGCUUUGCACCUCCACCAAAUUGGUGAUUUUAAUGGCCGUUAUGUUGGUGGGCUGCGUGGGAUAUGGCCUCAUCGAAUACCGCGUUUGGCAAAAGCAAAAGAACCUGGAGGCCAUGCUAAGUGAUUAAUCAAAUUAUGAAAGUAAUCCAAUUUCUUGCCAUUAUAUUUGAGCCCUGUUUCCACAAACCUUUUCAAUCGAGUAUUUAAUGUUUAUUUCGAUUGAAUUCUAAAACGGAAACAGAGAUUGUCGCCUUUUGUGAUAUUGCGAACUACUUUUAAGAAUCGGUUGUGCUAAGAAACUCUCGUUGUUAAAUAAAACCAAGUUCGUUUUAA